CGAUUUGGUACCCGAUUUGAUAAACCGAUUUGGUACUCGAUUCGGGUCGGUUACAUAUAAUUUGGGAAGAGCUCCCCUCCCAAAUCCCUAAACACUUUUUUGUAUUUCUUUUUCUUUUCAGUUUUCACUUUUCACCCAAAUCGAUCUCUCAAUUUUCUCGUUUCUCCGCCACAAAUCGCACCGGCCACCACAGGACCGCCGUGCAUCGCGGGUUGCUUCUGAGUCCCCCCACCGGCGGCAAGUAGCAACUGAGAUUUCAGAUUAUAAACUUGCAAUUGAAGGUAAACUCAUAAGAUAUUGAAAAUGGAUGCUCAAGCGAAGAAGAAAGCACUGUUUCGGGCAAAAUUGAACGCACAGAAGCAGCAAAAGCAGCGGAUUGAUUCUCCUCUUGUGAGGUACAAUGAACAUGAUCAACCUGUAUGUAGAAUUUGUGAUGUCGUCAUCAAAUCUGAUUCACUCUGGCCUGCACACCAAGCUUCUCGAAAACAUCAUGAGGCUAUUGAAAAGCUCAAAUCCAAUGCUGCUGCACUCAAUCAACCGAACAGUGCCAAGCCUGAGUCUGCUAAAAAAGAGUUGCCGAAUCCUAAACCCGAGUCUUCGAGAGAGACGAAUGGCAAAUUGGAACCUUCUGCAUUACCUACACACCAGUCAUCUACUCUGCCACCGGAUUUUUUUGAUAAUCACGAGUCAAAGAAGCAGAAAAUAGGGACUGACACUGACAGAUCAUCUACUGGUACAUCUUCCCAAAUGAGAAAUCCCGAAGCUCAGGCUUCAAAAGCAGCUACUGUCAAAGGAGCGCUUCCUCAAGGUUUUUUCGAUGACAAAGAUGCUGAUUUACGUGCACAUGGAAUUACACCCGUGAAGCCAGAUGUCAAAGAUGAAUACAAGGAAUUUGAAAAGUUAAUCCAAGAGGAUUUAAAGGAAGUAGAUAAUCGUUUGGAGGAAGAAGAGUUCGAUGCAGCUGAGAUGAUUGAAGAGGAGGAAACAGUUGAGCAAAAGAGUUAUGUAGAGAGAGUGGAAAUGUUAAGAAGGAAGAAGCUGGAGCUUAGGGCUUCUAGAACAUCUGCUACUGGUUCUAAAGAUUCGAGAGUCCUCAUACAGAAGGAAUCUAUCGACAAGGAUUCUUCGAGCGACGACGAAGUUGAGGAUUUCAAAGUUGAUUGGAGAGCGAAGCAUCUUUGAACAAUUCCUCCGUAUUUGCUGAUUGGACGCUUUUGAUGAAGCAAGCUUCGUUGUUGAAAUUAGAGCAUCGUUCAUCGACCGAAGUAAAUUGUGCUUUAUAAGCCCCCGGGAAAGAGGAUCAAAAUUGAGCAUUAGAGGCUACAAGUUUGCUAGUAGUAGCUCUUACACCUAUUUGGUAAGAGGAAUAUUAUAAUUCGAGCUUUCAUUUUGAUAAUCCAAUAUUUCGAGUUUUCAUUUUGGAACUCUACGGUGGUUGCGAGAUAAUGAUGAUCUUGCCCUAAAAAUGAUUAUUUUUGACUAAGCUGUCCGACGGACUCUUAGCAAAAUUUCGAAAAUGAUUGUCUUAAUUUUAAAGGGUAUUAGUGUCCAGUAGUGCUUAACAAAUUGUCCCAAAACUAAAGGAGAUAAAUAUACAUAUUAUAACUUUUUUUGGGGA